AUGACGUCAAACGAAGUCAGCGUUGCAAAUGUUCAAUUACCGAUCACAAUUUCAUCGUUUACUAAACAUAGCAUACACCUGUACAUUCUACGUAGUACAACAAUCGAUGAGACGUUCAAAAUCAGAGCUUUCUUAAACAACGAAUACAAAUAUACAUUUCGUCGAAUCGAAUCUUUUAAUGAACAAGAACGCACUGGUCCAUAUAUUUAUCGAGCGGAUGUGGAUCUAUAUCUCGAUACACAAGAUCGUCCGCAUAUUAAACUUGAAAAUGGUCAAGUACCCAUUUUCAGUUAUCGCAUACGUCUCUCUCGGAAAAUUCCUCAUUCGGAUACAACAUUCCGUGAUUAUAAUGAUGACAAAGAACGAACGUUCGAGAAUCUUCGUACAACUGUUCAUUAUUUCCUAUUCGACGUUCAUUUUACCAAGAACAUUGUCGAUGCCGCACCUGGGAGUAACGUAUCCUUUUGGAGUCAAUUGUGUUUAUAUACUUACUACAUUCUUCGCCAUCAGAUUUAUCCAACGUUCAGAGUCUUAACUGAACAAUUCAUUAGAAGUGCCCAAGAAGAUAAACGUAAAUUAGUCACAGCAGAUGUCAAUGAAAUUUUUCAAGAUUGUUUUACCUAUUCGCUUUAUGCUUUGUCAGUAGAAGCAAGAGAAGGCGUCGUGAAUAAAAUCAUUAUUUGUAUGAUGGGAAUUCUGCCGAUUGCAAAGUCAAAUUUCGAUGUAAAAAGUCAUUUUACCGUCAACUUUACUUUGGCAAUGACUGGAACAUUACGAGAACAUUUCGAUAAAGUCUUUGCAACGGUUAACCAAGACGAAUGGCCGUUGUUUCGUGAUGGUCUGGUUUUGUUUAUGUCCAUUGAGUUCUUAAUCAAAGCGGGCGACACGAUGACACUGAUUCAUCGGAUGAAAAAUGAACAAUGCAAAAAAGAUCUUGCAAAUGUCUUAUUGCAACGCCUGGAAGAAUUACAAAGACCAAUAAUUGGUUUGAAUUGGACUGAUUUGUUUGCACUCGUGGAUCAAAAUAUUCUCACUUUAAAACAAAUUGAAUUGACUGAAUCAAUUCCGAUCUAUAUCACUUCAUUAAUACAAAUUUUGGAAAUCGAGAAAAAUAGCAGCACACUUCAGGAUCAGGUCAUUCGACAAUUCGACAAUCUGAUAUUUGAAAGUCGUUUAUCCGUUAACCUGGAUAGCAUCAUUUUCUUACUCAAUUUCUCCCAAGUGGAUACCGCAGAAUCGAGUGAAGUAGAGAAGGAAAUUCUUCUAGUAGUGAAUAGAGCAAUUGAAAGUAGCAUUCAAUUGCGUGCAAGGAUCAAGGAUUAUUUAUACUCAUUGACUAUUACAACACAACACUUCCGUGAUAUUCAUUUGAUUGUUUCAUCUAUUUCCAAAUCCAUUAUCCUGUACCUAAUCAAAAAGCGAGAUUUGUUAAUGCAUUUAUUCUCCCAUGCUCAUACCUCGUAUUCAUAUGAGUUUUUCAAACAAUGGUGUCUUUCAUUUCUGAUAUUUGAUGAUCCGAUAAAUGAUCAAAAUAAUCAAGAUUACAAAGAUCUAUUGAAACAAUGGCUGAACCAAGUCAAUCGAAAUCCUGAUAUAAAAAUGAAAAUCAUCAUGGAUGUUGAUACAUUCAUAAAUGCAUUUGUAAAUGAACACCACUAUCGAUUAAUUUUCAUUGAACAUAUGAUCACUUUUUGUUUUCAGCAAGCAUCAAUCUACACUGUCAUAUCUGGAUCAUUGAUCCACGUCCGCAAUGAACUAUUUCUCAAUCAAUUUAGGAAAUAUUUCGCAUCUACACAAUUAGUCAUUUCUCAAGAGAAAUUGAAACAAUUACAGAACCCACUGAAUCCCUUGUAUCAUCUCAUUCGAAUCUAUACACAAGUGAAAGGUCAAAGUGCAUUGAUAAAUGAACUGAUACAACUAACAAGUAGACAAAUUAAAUUUGAAGUCAAUGAAAUCUUACGGGACACAUUCGAACGUCCGACUCGUACGGCCUGUGUUUACGCCGUUCUAUUUGAUAAUUGUUUUGAAAAUACAACUUUACGGCAGAUGAUCAUCGAUCAACUUCUUGCACUGUGGAAUUCUUGGGAAGAGGAAGGUUUUCGCGCAAAUCAACUACAAAACUGGAAGAAAUUUACGAAUGAGGAACGUCAAAUAGUCAAGCGAAUAUGGGAUUACGUGGGAGAAAAGGCCGAAAAGCAAUACCAAAUCGAUUCAUUAAUCGAUCGACAAGGACGAGAAAUGGAAGAGAAAAUCCAAAUUAAAGAAAAAAUUAUCAAAUGUCUAGAAAUCUACUGUGAACAUGCAUGUGAUAAGGAAAUCUUUUUCAAUCUAUUAGCUGAAAUCGACGAUCAACUAAGAUCCAGAGUUGUUCGUUCUAUUAGAAUUUCCGAAGAAAUUCAAACACUUGUACCCUUAGCCGAGCGACUCAAUCCGCUUGAAAAACUUCAUGCUUGGCAAACAUUCUUAGCCAAACAUCAGAAAAUUGCUGCUCGAAAUCGAUCGUCGCCAACGACCACAGAUAGUGCUUCGAGCUGUGCAAGCGACGAUGAAACGUUAUCACCUGAUGAAAGAACAACAUUAGACAAAGAGGCAAUCACAAAUGAUCUACCCAGUUCACCUCCGCCAAUCCGAUCGAAUUCUAGAAACUACUUUGCGGUUGAUCGCCGUACUUGUAUCGAAAUUUUAACGGAAUGCAUUGAUAUUCUCGACAUAUUCGGCGACUGUUUGAAAACAAUCUGCAGCAAUUGGACUCGCUUACCAUUAUCGGAGCUAUUAAACUUCUUUCCUGAUCUGCAAUAUAUCGAUCAUGAUUUUGCAAUUCUCAAGCCACUUUUACAGCCCGAUAUUUCUGAUAAACUCAAAUCUAUCUUAGAUUAUUGGAAGAACCGUGAACAUAUUCAUCACAUAUGCCGUGGUUACAUAAACCUCAUCAGCAAUCUUCAAAAGCCGGCCGAUACACUCUGUGAACAUCUUCGAAAGAUUACCGAACUUCAUCAUAAAAGUCAAUGUUUUAAAUGUUGGACACAUUAUCAAUAUUACCUUUCGAAAUUUUCUGCUCAAUGUUCAAAAGAAUUCCUUGAUUUUCUUUCUCAGUACAGUGUAUCCUACGACUUAAUUGCAUUCUUAAAUCUUCUUCCAUCAACUGAUGUCGAUAAUUUAUUACAAGCAGUGAAUGAUUGGGAUGAAAUUCUAAUCAAUACUCGAACGGUGUUGGAUUUCGUGAUGUUAAAGCGAUUUUUUGUUUUGUUUAACCAAGAAAUUAGUCCAACCGAUGCCACUAUCGAACAAGCACAGGCAGCGUUCCUCAAAAUUUUCGAAAAUGAACAAUUCAAAAGUCUCAAUCUGUUCAGUUGUUUUCAAACAUGCUCCGCGUCAUUGCCCAGUAUCAAACGUAUACAUUUAGAAUUGACCGAUAAAGAAUUAUCGAAACGAACACACAUAUCCGAUUUGAUGCGAAAGAUUACAUUUCAUUUUACAGUUCAAGCAAAUAGAUUCGACAUUGAUGUUCAACCGCAAUCAAUGGGUUUUAGUGAUUUAAGUGAAUUACGUGAUCGAGCACGGCUAAUCGAAUAUUCAACAAAUAAAAAGAAUCAAUUUCUUGUCGAUGUCGAUCGUGACAUCAAAGAACGUCGUGCAUUUGUAGAAUUCGUUGAAACAGUCGAAAAAAUUCUCAAGAACUUCUCCUCAUUAAACAUCGCUGGUCAUCCGUCAGUCGUUGAUUAUCUUGCACCGAACAGAUCCUUCACCUGUGUCAAUUGUAAUUACCAAGAAUUGACCGAAUUCAGUAUUCAAUUGGACACUCUUUUGGAAUCAUGGCAAACUGAUCUCUGUCAAAUGUAUGAAAAACAUCUGGAUUUGACUUAUUUUUCACAUCAACAAAUUUGGGUUAUUGAAGAUUAUCUCUACAAUCGAACCGAGCCUCUAACGACGAAGCAUGCCGGGUAUCAUUUAUUGAAAUAUAUCGGAAUCGAGCCGAAUACCAUCCGUUCAGAAUAUUUACCUGUUAAAGGCAAUAAUCCCACGGAACGUUUGAAAAAUAUCGGUAAAAUUUUAACAGCACAGCGAACGAAGAUGGAUUUGAGUGUAAAACAAGAAAGUAUCAAUAUCAAAAAAGUCUAUGUGGCCGAGACAUCCAACGAAGGAAUUUUACGGACCAUACUGUCCUUAUUUAAAAUAACUGAAACGCCAUGUUUGGUAAAUCAUCUCUUCUAUUGUGCAGAAGAAACCAGCUGGAUGGAAAUGCGUGCAUUUGCUUACCGUUGUUUCUAUUCUCAACAACUGCAUCAAUUAAUUCGGCCAGAAUUGUUAUCAUCAUCGAUUCAAGAUCGUUUUACGCGUUUAAUCAAGCAAUUUAUGGAAGAAAAUCCUCAACGUUAUUUUCGUUUAGGUCUGAUUACAACUGUUUCAAGUACGCACUUGCAACUCAUCAAUGGUCUACGAACAUUGCAGAUCGUGCUCACAAUUCACGAUCAAGAUAUGUUGAAUGAACUUGGUUUAAAGGAAAUUAUUCAAAAAUCGAUCGAUGAGAAUUGUACCUUAGUCACAUCGAGAAUCAAUGGUUUAGGUAAAACAAGUUUGAUUCAAAAUGAAAUUCGAAAGAAAGGCAAAAUUUACAUCAAAUUUCCUAUCAGUGGUGAUAUUGACGUUGAUAACAUUGCUGAACGACUGUGUAAUUAUGGCAACCAAUUAACAUCAGCGAGAGCAGCUUUACAUAUUGACAUCGGAGCAAUUAACAAUAUGAAACAAUUGAAUGAACUCCUUUAUUGUCUACUACUCUUUCGAGGUUUUCGUUUUAAACAAAUUGCGGUUUAUGUACCGAUUGAUAUACCCAUUUAUAUUGAACUUGAUUCUUCACCCGCUCCGAUCGAUAUUCGUGAGAAAGUUGUUUUAUUGAAAUUCAUCAAAACAAAUCAUAUCGAACACAUCGAUUGGAAUACAUUCAGAAUUCAUGAUCCAUCAGCUGUACGAUUAAUCAUCAGAUAUCUUCAAGCCAUCGACGAUGGAACCAUUCGAGAACAUUGCAUUACUGAAGAUCCGAACAUUGAUAUCGAUCUAUUAAAAGGUAUCAAUCGGUUGAAGGCAACUUUUCUAUUAGGCAAAGACUUGGAAUAUAUCACUUGGACGAAGUUGUCAAUUUUUAUUUCCGUUUAUUAUCGUUUAUUUUCGGGAUUUUCACGAUGUGGCUAUUUCUUUCCUGAUUUAAUACCAGAGCCACAAUUACGUUUAGAUAUUCUUCAAAGUUUUCUCAAGUCAUCGAAUCAAUUCACAUCGAUGUGCGUUGAACGUGUACGGAAAAACCAACGUUCAGUGAGUACAAAUGAUGCUGCUGUUUCAUUCAGCGAAGCCAUUGUGUCUUGGGACGAUACAGAACCAUUUACAGUUGUCUUUUCGGCAACUAACGAUCCGCUAUUCAUAUACAAACAGCCUACUGAUGUUCCCCAAUCUCUGGUGAGAACAUUUCAAUUAUACAUGGAAGAGACCACAAAUCAAAAGAACUUGAAGUUAACGGACGUUUUUCCGGAUUACAAUCAUUUCACGCAUGUUCAAUUCUUUCUGAAACUCGCAUCCUUAUCAAAGAAAUAUUUUUACAAAGCGAUAUGUACGAAAUGUUACAGUCAAUAUGAAUAUAAUUCUUUACCAUAUUGCACGAAAUGCAACAUAAGCGAUACAUUGUUUCGUCCGUUUUCGUCGCAAACCGAGGAUAUUAUUAAAUUUCAAGAAAAAAUAGCAGCUCAGAUUCAACAGGAAUAUGUACUGACACCGGAUAAUUACUUGAAAAUGUUGUUGAUCUAUUUGCGAGUAGAAAGUGGCCUUCCGGUAUUGAUCAUGGGAGAGACAGGUUGUGGUAAAACUGCAUUAAUUCAGUUCUUAUGUCAAAAAAUUCUCGAUGACGAAAUUGAAAUCUUUCGUAUUCAUGCAGGUGUAACAAGUGAGCAAAUUAUUGAAACAAUUGGAAAACUGUCCGACAAAGCUCUUCAAUGCCGUGCACAAAACAAACGUCUAUGGGUGUUUCUCGAUGAAUUCAACACAACGCCUAAUAUUGGUUUGAUCAAAGAAAUAACCUGUGAACGAACAUUACUUGGUAAACCUAUUCCGGAAAACAUGGUUCUUCUAGGUGCCUGCAAUCCUCAACGACGAAAAGAAGUGGAUAAAAAUGUGAAUAUCAACAUUGGUAUCAAAAAAGAUGUCUAUGAAAUGCAGCGAUUGAAAGAUGCUUGUGGAAUUUCACUUUUAUACACAGUCGUGCCAAUUCCUGAAACUAUGUUAGAAUAUGUUUGGGAUUACGGUUAUCUCAGUGACUCAGUUGAAAGGGAAUAUAUACGAACGAUGUUGAAUACGUGUAAAAGUCUAACCAAAGAUCGCAAUCUGUUCAAUUUAACUGUGGAAGCCAUAUCUGUUUCUCAGAAGUUCUUUCGUCAACAUGAAGACGUCAGUAGCGUUUCAUUACGUGAUGUCGCACGAUUUUGUCGUUUAUACAAUUGGUUUCAACAAUCUAUUAUUGAUCGAGAAGGAGCAGAUAAAUUUACUGAUAAAUUGUCUUCUCUUCUCGAGCGUUCGAGUUUAAUGGCACUUGUACUCUGCUAUUAUUUUCGUCUUAGUUCGCCCGACGAGCGAAAAAAAUACACCAACCAAAUGGAAGAAACUUUGAAAUCUGUUUUGAAGGAUCGAUCGCAUAUCUCGAAUUAUUUAGUGAAACUUCUUGAUAUCGAACAAAAGAAAUUAAUCGAUCGGAUGAAAUUACCACCUGGUACAGCUAAAAAUCGCGCACUCAAAGAUAAUAUCUUUGUUCUGCUGAUUUCGAUCGUCAAUCGUAUUCCUGUGAUUAUUUGCGGUAAACCAGGUUGUAGCAAAACAUCAGCGGUACAAAUUGUCAUUAGUAAUUUGAAAGGAAACAAAUCAACUGAUCCAUAUUUUCAAACAUUACCAGAAUUGGUCACCGUUUCGUAUCAAGGAUCACAAAAUUGUACAUCAGAAAGUAUUAUCAAAGUCUUUCAACGCGCUGAUAAGUAUCUAAAUGCCAAAUCUAAUGCGAAUAUUUUACCCGUAAUUGUCUUCGAUGAAAUUGGUCUUGCUGAAUUAUCACCACAUAAUCCACUGAAAGUCCUCCACAGUAAAUUGGAAGUCGAAACAUGUCAAUACGGCUUUGUGGGUUUAUCCAAUUGGCGACUUGAUGCAUCGAAAAUGAAUCGUGCUCUUUAUCUUUCAUGUCCUGAUCCUGAUAUAGAAGAUUUAACUCUAACAGCAAAAACGAUUUUCGAUGCUCUGGUACCGUCCGAUGGGCAGAUAGCACGAAUUGAUCCAUCGAUUAUUGAAGCACUUGCUAUUGCUUACAAUAAAUUGUAUACGUUUUUUACAACACACGUAGAACAGCAAAAUAAUGCUAAUUACUUUGGUCUACGUGAUUUCUAUUCGUUGAUCAAAGGUGUUGUUAAUGAUUUAAUUAAAAGUACGGAUGAUGAUCAAUCGUAUCAGUAUAUUCGUCAACAAUUGAUUAUCAAUUUCGAUGGUGUUUAUGAUGCUUCACAAUUUCUAUGGAAUCGCUUCUGUGAACAUCUUAAUCGUACACACCUCAUUGAGCAAUAUCGAUCGCCAUCAUUCAAACAGUUACUCGACCUAAGAUUAACCUCUCGUCAAGGACGUUAUCUAAUGCUAAUCGCUGAAAACGAAGGUGUCAUUGAUUAUGUGGAACGAUAUAUCAUUGUUAAACAUCAACUGCUACCCGUACGAACAUUAAUUGGAAGUUGUUUUUCGGGAGAUUUCGUUUCCGGAACGACUUAUACUGAAAAAUAUAAUCAUCGAGUCUUGAUGGAUAUUAUACUCUACGCGGAAACUAAUGUUACAUUAGUUAUGCGUCGCAUGGGACAUUUGUAUGAUAAUCUAUAUGAUUUAUUUAAUCAAAAUUUCGCGGUGUCUGGAACGAAGAAAUAUUGUCGAAUUGCUCUCGGUGCACUCUAUCACCCUCACUGUCUUGUUAAUGAUGACUUUUACUGUGUUGUUUUCGUUCGACGAGAAGACUUGAACAAAUGUGAUCCACCAUUUUUGAAUCGUUUCGAAAAGCACAUCAUUGAUAUGAAGUCAUUAGUUCAUGAACGACAUUGGUCGGUUAAUGAUCAACUUCUCAAUGAAUUACUCAGUCUACGUCCAACGAAUAUGAAUAAAUACUUUCCAUUAUUACAACACCUGUUUGUCGAUUACAGUAACGAUUAUUUGUGUAAUUUAGUCAUUGAUGCAUUUAAUUAUUUAAAUCUCUCAGUUGAUGACGAAACCAAUACAGAUGAAAUCAUCAGUUAUUGUAAAGAGAAACUAAUCCGAACGAGUUCAUUUGAUUUACCUAUUGUACUUUCACUGCAAGGAGAUGGAACUCAUCCAUUUAUUGAUCAAUAUUAUGAUAUCCAUACAAAUCUUAACUUUCAAUUAGUUCUUAGUCAAGCCUUGAAAGAAGAUGUUUUACCAAAUCAAAUUAUCUAUACAUACACACAAAUCUUUCACAUGAUUGAUUACCAAUGUGAUGAGAUUGAAGAAAUGAAACUGAAUACAUACAAAACGGAAGUUGAAUUAACGAAUAAGAUUAAAGAACAUUAUCAAAAACAAGAUCAAAUUCGUUUGUUGAUCAUUCGUGUUGAUUACCAUCAAGAACAUGAACAUAUUCUUCUAUUGAAACAUAUUCUACUGAAUUCCAAAGUUUCCCCAACUAAUCGAAGUGUUUGGCUAAUUUUUCAUCUUCAACGUCAUAUGUUAAAUCAAACAACCAAUGAAGUUUUAUUUAAUGGUUGGUCAACGUUAAUGAUCAAUGACUUGAAUGAACAUAAAUUAGUACCGAAAUCGGUUCUAUUAAAUCCAUCUUAUCAUGAUUUAGUCACACAUCCACAUUUUCUUCUGUCCGAAUGUUUAUUUAAUGAGCUUAUUGAUCGUUGUUUAACGAAAUUCCGUUAUACAGUUACACAGAAAGAUUUAUUAUCCAAAAUAAACCUUCGACGAAAUCAAAUCAUUGAACACUUGACCAUCAUAAUUGACUCUCAAUCGUUACGUUCAAUUAUUCAAGAAAAUCUCUUGAAAUUAUUAGACAAAAUCACUUUAACUCGAUUCUCCGAUUGGCGACACGAUUUGUUAACCAACGGAAUCAUCAUCGGUACAUGUCGUUCGUUCAAUGAUGCUUUACAAUACAUCAUUUCACAGUACUACGAGAGUUAUCUUCUAUUGCUGCUGUAUCAUUUCGAAAAUGCGUCAUUGAUCGAUGCAUUUUUCUUCCUGUGCAAGAAUCGAUCAAGCUAUCCAUUGAAUAAGAUUUGGUUUGAUUGUUUAAACUCCAUUUUGAAGACAAUCGAUACAACGAUCAUAAAUCUCGAAGUGAUUGAAAUGCCACUGAUAUUCGAUUUACAUUUACCAUGUGCAAGAAUGGAAUAUGAAAACAUUCGUUUAAUACGACAGAGUAUUUCCGAACGACGAGAAGAAGAAGAUUUGAACGAAGAAGAUUUAAUUGCCAAAGCAAUCAGGCAACUACGAACCAAGAGCAUCUACAGUUCGAACUUGGAUUCAAUAUUUACUGAUCCAGAUUUGUUUAAAUAUUAUUAUGAUGAUCAGCUAUCAUUGAUGCUUGAUGAAGCUAAAAUUUAUCAAUUACCAUCAGCGUUUGUUCAACGUUUACUCUUGACAAAUCCAAUGCGAACGCUUGAUGAUCGAUUGAAACAUCUAUUGAUUGAUUACAAUGAAUUGUUUGAAAUAUUGAGACUACUUGAAAUCAGUACGAAAGUGAUCAAUGAAGAUGAUUUCAAUCAAUUAUUCACUCAACAAUUUAUCGUACGAGAUGACACAAAUACGAAAUUCCCUAAGAAUGAAAGUGUAUUCUAUACUCUUAUGUUAACCGGCGAACGGUUUUGUUUAAUACCACCAAAAUCGGAAUUAGUUGAUCAAGAAAGCUUUCAAUGCGAUGGUGAUCCAUUCAUUGAAGUGAGUCUUAUGAAUUUGAUUGAACUCCUUGUUCUACCAUUGACUAUCGAUCGCGUUCACAAUAUUGAACAAUUAACGACAACAUACAGUCUUGUUGCGCAAAGUAUUCUCGGUUUAAAGCAUUAUUCGGUGAACAACCUAGAAAAACUACGCUCAUUCAUUAGUCUCGUACGUUGUAUCACAACAAUAAUACCAACAAACAAUGCAUUGAGUGUUUUCAAAGAAGCCAUUCGUUACGCUGGUUUCGAUGCCACAUUCGUAACAUGCGAUGACAUUCAUAAGUUUAUUACACAACUGGAACGAAUCAUCAGUGCAAAUGAUAAAAAUGCCAAUCAAACCGUUGUACAACGAACAUUAUUGAAACUCGAAAGUGAAUUCUUGAAGAAUUGGCUAGCUGAUCAUAGUGAUGAAUAUUUGAAUAUUCUUAGUUUGAUGAGUAAAUCCGAUAAUAAUCUUUGGCAAUAUUCCGCGAAAAUUUUCACAUACAUCGAUCAAGAACUUCGCUUGUUGCCGAUGAGCCGGGAUUCUCAUGGGCAAAUGCCAACGAUGGACAAUUAUGAGUAUGUCAACGAGGAUCUAAAAGAAUUAAGCAGUGAAUAUCAACGAUUAGAUAAAUAUCUAUGCAAAUUGAAUGAUUCAUCGCGAAAAAUUGAACAUAUUAUGGCUGCACGUAUUCAUAUGCUGUUGAUAUUACCCAUAAACAAAAAAGAAUUGAUUGAAGACGUUGUCAAUUCAGAAUUCGCUCACUUCGAAGAGAACAUUCGGACUAUACAAAGUAUUUCAAAUGAUUCUGGCAUCACCUUGGUUUGUUUGAUUGCUUGGGUGAAGUAUUACGCACAGCUCUAUGCUUUUAUGCUCAUUAAUGAUAUUCAUCAUUCGAUCUUGGAAGAUAUUGAUAAAUUAUUGACUCGAGAUGAUUUUCUUUUGUGUUCGACGAUUAAAUUGUUCAUUAUUAAACAAUUAUGUCAGAUGUCGAGCAUUAAAUUGGAUGAUUUACGCAAGAUUAUCUUCAAUCGAAAUGUGACUUGGCUAAAACCAAUGAUUGCAAUCUCUACCGGUCAGAACACACACGACACACGGCGUAUUUUCACUCUGCCAAUACCACUAUUUGAACAUCACCAAGAAUUUGUUCGUAUCAGUCGUAUUCUUACUCAAGAUGCCGCCAGAGAUAAAGUUCGGAAACUAAUUAAUGAAUGUCAAACGAGUCAAUCGACAUUCUAUUGUUUUCUCAUUUGGUUUAUUCAUUACUAUACGCGGUUCUAUUUAAAUGAUGACCUUCAGUCGAAUGAUUAUUAUCACGAAUUAAUCAAAAACGAAUUAAGUCAAGAAGUAAUUCAUUGUUUUGAACGUAUUGGAUAUAAAUUUCUCGUUUUGCUAUGUACAAACUUUGACAACACAAGUUAUUUUCAUUUACAUCCGAAACUGACUACAGAUGAAGUGCACCAACGUUUAGUAGCACUACAUAUCGUUGCACUUUUACUUUCAUACAAAACUUUAGCACAUACGUCCUAUUUGAGUACAUUAUUCUUCGAUGGAAAUUUGAGGACGCCAGAAGAUUAUACUACUCAUUUUCAAACCUCUGUUUGUUUACCUGGACUUCUCUCGAGUAAUCCAAUCAUUACUCAAAUGAUGGAUGUACGCACAACAGUGAAAGAACGUUUAGACCAGGGUCAGAUCUACGAGCCCGGAAAGUUUGUUUUUCGCUGCUCCGAAGAGUGCGACUGGAUGUUCUUUUUUAUUAAUUGUGGCGUACCUGUCGAUCAAAGUCAAUGUCCAAUGUGUAAAAAGCAAAUCGGUGCCGCACAGUAUGGCGUUCUUAUUGAACGUGAUCCUCCACAAAUCCGAAUGAACAUUGAGGACGGUUUUCAAUUUAUAAACAACUAUAUCGAGAAAUACAAUAGAACUCCACGAUAUGGAUACCAUAAUCUAACAUCAGCAAAGCAAAGUAACGAAUAUGAAAAAUCUGAUCAUUUAAAUCGAUCGAUCUCAUAUCGUUUUAUGCACAUGAUCACUCAUGCAUCAUUACUUUUCCUUCAUGAACUGUCCUUAUUACCGAAUUUAAAACUUCCGAGUCCUGAUCAUUUUCAAGAACACUUUGAAAAAGAUUAUUCUCUUCUUCGACAUCAAAUAACUGAUAAUGAUCAAUGUUUUAUUUGGUUGUACAAAUUAAUCAACCAUAUGCUGGACAAAAAUCUAAUUCUCAAAGGUUUUAUGAAUACUAAUGAGAAAGUCGUACAAUUGGAAAAGCUUCUCGAAGAGAAAGUCCUUUUCAAUCAUAUCGAAUCAGUUGCCAAUGAAAUUAAUCAGUAUAAAACGGCAUAUGCCGAGUAUGUUCGACAGCAAGAUGCCGAAGCAACGUUGGGUGAUUACGUUGAUGAAAUUUUUCAAGAUGAAAGCAUGUAUCCAUUAUUAACUUUCUUCAACGUAACCAACAUUUACACAUCAAAUCCAAUCAUUGAAUUUCGCAACAAACUUCAAACAAUCCCGUAUGGCGACGAGAUUUAUCCUGUGACAACAUUUCUCAUGAAACGACUAGUGGAUUAUGCUAACAUUCAACAUUUGUAUCCUAUCGUAGCUUUUACCAACUAUCUCAUUGAAAAGUUUAAUCAUCGUAUCAAACGCAAUGAAGCUUCCGAAACACCAAUCGCUUACUAUUUAACGCACGGUACUGAUUGUGAGACGAUCAAUGCAUUAUAUGAAGACUUUGUUCAUGGAUGGUAUCACCUUAAUUUCACUGAAGUGCGCUACGGUUGUCAAACGGCAAACUUCGAGUUACCAAAAGCAAAGGAAGAUUUUGCUACACAUACUAAAUUAGCGAUGGUCUUAUUGAAUACGACCAAAGACAAUAGCAGCAUCCUUUUAGCUGGAUGUUUACGAACUAUCGCUGAAUUACAGAAUGAAAUUGUUCACUUUUUUCAUAAUCGAAUUCUUAACGACGGUAGCAAUAAUCGAUAUCAAGAAAAUAGUAUACCAAUACAAUCCAUUCGACCAGAGCACACCUUGUAUUUGGACGAGAAUGUUAUUAGCACAAAACUGAUUACCGAUGGAUUCACUCUUAAUUAUCAAUAUGGAAAAAGUCAAGACAUCAUCUAUGACUUCGAAGAGAUUGAAUUAUUUUUAAGAAAUAUGAUUGGUUGUUUACCAUUGAUUGAUACCGAAAAAUUACGCUUUCUGAAUUAUCAAUUCGAGCUCUACAGCGAAAAUACAGCAUUGAUCAACGAUGUUCGUCAACGUAUUAAACAAGAACUUUUCAAAGAGAACGAUCGAAUGAAAUAUAAGAAUCUGAUUAAUAGUAUGCAAAAUGAUGACAUGCUUCAUUAUCUUGGAUCACUUGAUUAUGUUUUCACUUAUUUACGCAACAUGGACGAUGGGACAGCUGACGAAUCAAUGACAAUUCAAACAUUUGUAGAGAAACAUAUUCGCACAAGUGCUUGUCUCAAUGAUCAUGUUCUUCAACGGCCCCCAUUUGCUACGAUACAUCUAAAAUAUAUUAUCGAUCUGUAUGAAUUAAUCGAAGAGAGUGUUUUUGAUCAUGUUGUACGUCAUUAUGUCAAACGAACGUUAACUGAAGAGUCAUUCGAUGUUGCUGAACGAAUCACUCUGGUUAAACAAUUUAGUCAGAUGACAUUCAAGAAAGAAACAAUUGCACUUUCACUUCGAGACAUUCAUGUAUGGAUUGCAAUUCUCAAACGUUUAAUGGUACGUGUCCUAUCGAAUACCAACGUUGCUCUCGAUGUGCCAAUACAAAUUUAUCUCGAACGAACAGAUUUGUGGACUGGAAAUAUCACCGAAGGUGAUAUACAAACAUUUGAGGUUACUGAGCAGAUACUUCUGCAACACACUUACGUUAUUUUGAAAGGUUUGGAAACUGAACGGGACAAAAGUCUUUUAGUAAAUCAUUCCGACCAGCAGACACCGCCUCAAACCGAUCACUUGCAAAGUUCUGAAACGCAACUGAUCAGAGCGCAAACGUGGCAUAACGACAAAAUUAGUGAUGUCCGUACCACAAUACGAGUGAUAAAACCAGAUCAAAAUCCCGGCAAGAAGAGACGUGUAUAA